AUGCUGUUGUGGAUGCUGAUGGUCUCGCAUGGUGUAAUAUUAUAUCCAAGCUGGUCAAUAAUUGACUCGGACCAAACGUGUUCCCCUCGCUCUUAUGUAUUUCUCUCUCUACAAACCCGUUUGAUAUUUUAUCCGUCAGAUUUCCAUAACGAUGCCAAUAACAGUGGUUCCCGGAUCAACGUGAUGGGAAUUGAAACUCACACGAAUAAGGUUUGCGAACCUCAACUUAUAGAGAUGAUAUCAUAUAUAGAUUACGGUAUUCAAAAUUCUGAUUAA